AUGGCCGUCGCCUUGUCACCUGGUCUUCUGCGUGGCAUCCGUCCGGUUGCGCAUCCAGUGCGCUCCAGCCCCGUUGGACACGGCGAGGAUGUGCACGCUGAAGUUCUUUCUCGCAAGGAUGAUGUGCGCGCUGAUGGCUUCGACGCAAGCCUUGAGACCAGCAACCAAAUCAGCCGCGCAGAAAGCGGUGAUGAGUACGGAAACAUCCACGGCAGCUUUGCCUGGGUCUCGCCCGAGGGUGAAAAAAUCGAAAUCUCUUAUGUGGCUGAUGAAAACGGUUACCAGCCACAGGGCGCAGCUCUGCCAACCCCGCCUCCAAUUCCAGUCGAAAUCGAGCGCGCCCUUGCCUGGAUUGCAGCACAUCCUCCAGCACCCGAGAAAUACUCUCAUCAUUAA